CAGCUCUCGCUUACCACUUUUCUGCGCUAAGCUUCCUCUAGUAACAUUUUUCCCUUCUCUCUCUCUCUAUAAAACUCUGCCGCUGCUUCCCCUCUUCCGUGAGAGCUUUGCAGAGAGAGGCAGCCGGAGCCACACAAACAAAGCCACCGCCCGCCACCGACUAGCGGUUCUUCCUGCCGUUCUUGUUCUUGCCAUUGCUGCAGCCGCUUCCUUCACCGCUCCGCUCCGGAUGAGAAGCAGCGCAACCAGGGCGGCGACAGCGCGGUGGGCCUGAGGCUGGACGCUGGAGAGGCAGGCAGCUAGCUAGCCCAGGAGGAGUCUUGAGGCAGAACUGACAGCGAAAGAGAGCCGCCCUCAUGGGUUCCUUGGAGGCGCGGUACCGGCCGGCCGGAGCAGCUGAUGACACAGCGAAAAGAAGGACCCAGAAAAGCAAAAGUUUCAAAGAGGUUGAAAAGUUUGAUGUAUUUGUCCUAGAGAAAAGCUCCGGCUGCAAGUUCAGAUCCUUACAACUUCUGCUCUUCGCUAUCAUGUCUGCUGCAUUUCUGACGCUCCUAUACACUCCAUCUGUGUAUGAGCAUCAGUUACAGUCCAACUCUCGUUUUGUCAAUGUUGGAUGGAUAUGGGAUAAGACUAUCCCUGAUCCGCGAUAUGUAUCUUCUAUGGAUGUCCAGUGGGAGGAUGUGUAUAAAACUAUUGAAAAUCUGAAUGGUGGUGAGCUGAAGCUCAAGGUCGGGCUCUUAAAUUUUAAUAGCACUGAGUUCGGUUCUUGGACACAGUUGCUCCCAGAAAGCGAGUUCUCCAUCAUAAGGCUGGAACAUGCUAAGGAAAGCAUUACCUGGCAGACUCUCUAUCCUGAGUGGAUUGAUGAGGAGGAAGAAUCAGAUAUUCCAUCUUGUCCAUCGCUUCCAGAGCCUAAUUUUCCAAGAGGCACACACUUUGAUGUUAUUGCUGUGAAGCUUCCCUGUACCCGAGUUGGGGGGUGGUCAAGAGAUGUUGCGCGGUUGCAUUUGCAGUUGUCAGCGGCAAAAUUGGCCGUGACUGCAGCAAGAGGCAAUCGUGGGGUACAUGUGAUGUUUGUGACUGAUUGCUUCCCUCUUCCGAACCUCUUCUCGUGCAAGAAUCUGAAGAAACAUGAAGGCAAUGCUUGGCUAUACAAGCCUGACUUGAAGGCAUUAAAGGAGAAGCUUAGACUUCCUAUUGGAUCCUGUGAGCUUGCUGUUCCACUCAAAGCAAAAUCAAGGCUUUACUCGGUAGACAGACGCAGAGAAGCAUACGCUACCAUACUGCAUUCAGCAAGUGAGUAUGUCUGCGGUGCAAUCGCAGCAGCUCAGAGCAUUCGUCAAGCAGGAUCAACAAGGGACUUUGUUAUCCUUGUCGAUUCCACCAUAAGUGACCACCACCGGAAGGGCCUGGAAGCUGCAGGGUGGAAGGUCAGAAUCAUCGAGAGGAUCCGGAACCCAAAGGCUGAGCGUGAUGCUUACAACGAGUGGAACUACAGCAAGUUCCGGCUCUGGCAGCUCACUGAUUAUGACAAGAUCAUAUUCAUAGACGCCGAUCUCCUCAUCCUGAGAAACAUUGAUUUCCUGUUUGCGAUGCCGGAGAUCACUGCAACCGGCAACAAUGCAACACUCUUCAACUCCGGCGUCAUGGUUAUCGAGCCUUCAAACUGCACGUUCCAGCUGCUGAUGAACCACAUCAACGAGAUCACAUCCUACAACGGCGGCGACCAGGGUUACCUGAACGAGAUAUUCACGUGGUGGCACCGGAUCCCGAAGCACAUGAACUUCCUGAAGCAUUUCUGGGAGGGUGAUGAAGACGUGGUGAAGGCGAAGAAGACGCAGCUGUUCGGCGCGGACCCACCGCUCCUAUACGUGCUUCACUACCUGGGCCGCAAGCCGUGGCUGUGCUUCCGGGACUAUGACUGCAACUGGAAUGUCCCGAUACUGCGGGAGUUUGCCAGCGACGUCGCGCACACCCGGUGGUGGAAGGUGCACGACAAGAUGCCCAAGAAGCUGCAGAGCUACUGCCUGCUGAGGUCGAGGCUGAAGGCCGGGCUGGAGUGGGAGCGGCGGCAGGCCGAGAAGGCCAACUUCAUCGACGGGCACUUUAAGCGGAACAUCACCGACAAGAGGCUCAAGAUCUGCUUCGAGAAGUUCUGCUUCUGGGAGAGCAUGCUGUGGCAUUGGGGUGAGGCCCCCAACUCGACGAAGAAAGCCUUGACGACUCAGGCGCUGCCUAGUACCGCGAAGCUGUCGAGCUCGUGAGAUGUGUAGAUAUCGUCCGAACCCCCGAGAAAUUAGUAUACCAGAUACAGACUCCUCCCAAGCUCCAUACAUACAUAGCAGCAGCUUGUAAAGGUAGCUAUGCUCUCUCUCUUAGGCCGUUCCCCAACUACUACACCUUGUGUUUGCCGUCAUGCCUCAUCGCAGCGCAGCACUCGCUGCUGCUGCUGUUCGCGACGGCUAACGAUUUUUUGGUUUGUGGCUAAUAAUUCGUCAGUAUAGGUGGUUUUCCUGGGCAAGAGAAUUGUUUGGUCGAGUUAUUGUGAUGUCACAGUAGCUUAGUAUGAUGUUUGUGUAUGGUGGUUGAACUGUUCCGGGCGGUGGUGAUCUUCUGGGGUGAUGCAACCAACAUUAGAUUGCUGACCAGCAGACCACCGCUGCUGCUUUGUUUCGGUAUGGAAUAUGAUGAUGCUGAUUCGCCA